AUGCCUGCUCCCACUGCGCUCCUCAAGAAGGAGGAGCCUGCCCUGGCGCAGGACAUCCCCCUCCCCGAAGCUGACCGGGUCGAAGAGGUCCUUCUGGACGCCACCGACGCCGACUUCUCACAACCCGCCGCCCUCGAGCCUGCCGCGGACGCCGACACCGAGAUGGUCCUCGACGAGGAGGCCCGCCCCAAGUUCCCGGCCUCCAAGGACGUCGAGACGGCCACCCGCCGCGAGCAGCGCAAGGUCCCCAUCCCUCCGCACCGCAUGAGCCCCCUGCGGACCUCGUGGAUGAAGAUCUGCGACCCCCUGGUCACCCACCUGAAGCUGCAAGUGCGAAUGAACGUCAAGUCCAAGGCCGUCGAGCUGCGCACGUCGAGGCACACGACCGACCCGGGCGCGCUGCAAAAGGGCGAGGACUUCAUCCGCGCCUUCUCCCUCGGCUUCGACGUCGACGACGCCAUCGCCCUGCUGCGCCUCGACGACCUCUACAUCCAGAGCUUCGAGAUCAAGGACGUCAAGACCCUCGAGGGCGACCACCUCGCCCGCGCCAUCGGCCGCAUCGCCGGCAAGGACGGCCGCACAAAGUUCGCCAUCGAGAACACGACGCGCACGAGGAUAGUCCUGGCCGACAGCAAGGUCCACAUCCUCGGCGGCUUCAAGAACAUCGGCAUGGCCAGGGAGAGCGUCGUCAGCCUGAUCCUCGGCAAGACCCCCGGCCGCGUGUACGACAACCUGCGGACCAUCAGCGCGAGGAUGAAGGAGAGGUUCUAA